AUGUCGACGCCAUCUGCUCGCCGGCUGAAAGAACGAGGCGGCGGAGGCACCAAAAUAGCCGCACCUCCCUCAAGAAAAAUCUCCCCGGUUGCAGGAAAAUCAAUUUCGAUGGGGAAGGAGAAUCCGCGGUCCACAUCCCGUGUCCGAUCUGCAGCCCAAAGGCCCGAUAUACGGCCCAUGGCACGGACAGACAAGUUCGCGGUGGAGGAGCCUCGUUCCAAGUGGUCUAUUUCCUCCGUGCCGAGAGGUAGGAGCUCCAGUCCCGCUGAGUUUACUAGGGUUUUGUCCGAUUUGAGAAAAAACUCUUCUAGGGUUUCUAUGGACCCACCUCAAAGAAAAGAAAAAGAUGUUAGUUUGAACGGGUUGAUUCAAAAGUUUGAUCUCGAGGAAAGAGUUUUUAAAGGUUUGGUGAAGAAUGGGAAAAAUUUAGGUGAACUGGAGGGAGGUUUUCAUGAAAAAGUAGAAGUUAAGGUUAAGGCUGUGAGCAAUAGGAUCAGUGAUAAAAUGGUGGGAAAAAAUUUGGCCUCUGUUCCGCCAGAAAGAGCAGACUUUGAGAAAUUGGCAACGGAAGAUAUCAAGAGAAAUGCGGGAAAUGUGAAAGAAAAGGAUAAAAUUCAUAAUAGGGUUUCAAAUGGGAGUAGUGAAAAUAUGGAGCACUAUUUGAACUCCUCUUUGAUGAAGAGCUCAAAUCUUGAGAACAGUGAUGCAAAGUCUACUUUAGAAUUUGAACUUAAGAGCAGUAAUUUCUCUGGGGACGUUAAGAUGAAAUUUUGCUCUGGUGAAGCUCUUUCUGGGCCCAAUUCAGUAGAAUCCACUAUGGUUAGGGGAGUAAGUAAGUUUCCUACUGUACCAAAAGAAAACGUCCAACACAAAAAUCCCAGUAAGCUUCAGGAGAAACUUGCGUUCUUGGAAGACAAAGUGAAGAGGAUAGCAUCUGACAUAAACAGGACCAAAGAGCUUUUGGAUCUGAAUAAUGUGGACGCCUCCAAGAUGAUAUUGUCUGAUAUUCAGGCGAAAAUUACUGGGAUCGAGAAUGCGAUGGUUCAUGUUGGUAGAGACGGAGAUGUCGAGAUGGGGUUAGUGAGAAGUAAAGAAAUUAAGGAAAAAGGCAAUGAAAAGAUAAUUGUAGAUUCUAAAAGUUUGGUUAAGGGUUUGAGUGCUGAAGAAAUUGAAGCACGCCUCUUUCCUCAUCAUAAGUUGUUGAGAGACAGGGCCUUAUCCAGGACAACAUCAAGAGAUUCUGAGACUGAUGCAUCCAUCGACUCCUGUAAUGUAAACACGGUUAAAGUAACUUCUUUAGAUGAAAAUGAUAUUACUUCAGAAUUUCUGGCUUCUUUGUGUAAGGAAGAAUAUAGAGAUGAAAGCAAGACUCAAGAAACGGAUGAAAGUAAGACAUGUGUUGGCGAGAGUUCUUCUCUAAAUGCAUUGAGCAGAAACGUAAAUUUAGAUGCUUUGCUGAUGGCAGAAGAAAAGCUCGAUGAAUUCGAUGAUCAAGAGCUAGAGCCAGCCAUGGGGUUCGAUGAGGGACUGGGAGAAAAUAAUACAUACAAGUUGAAUGACAUUGGAUGCAAAACCUCGAUUGGGGGAUGGCUUGUGUCUGAAGGAGAGUCCGUGCUUCUUGCACAUGAUGAUGGCUCGUGUUCUUUCUACGAUACUGCUAAUUGCGAGAGAAAAGCCGAAUACAAGCCACCUUUAGGAAUCUUACCAAACACGUGGCAAGACUGUUGGAUGAUCCGUGCCCCUAGUGCCGAUGGAUGCUCUAGCAGAUACGUUGUGGCAGCAUCAGCUGGAAGCUCUGUGGGCUCAGGCUUCUGCUCGUGGGAUUUUUACACAAAAGGCAUAACAGCUUUCCACACUGAGAAUGAAAAGACCACAUCUGCAAGAACGGCCCUUGCUCCUUUACCAAACAACACCAUGUACAGGAAAAAGGGUCUCUCGACUUUUAUGGCUAAUGAAAACCUGCAGUGGUGGUAUAAGCCUUGUGGGCCACUAAUUACAUCAACAGCUAGUUGUCAGAGGACGGUUCACAUAUAUGACAUUCGAGAUGGUGAGCAAGUAAUGAAAUGGGAGUUGCAGAAACCGGUUUUGGCCAUGGAUAGCUCAAGUCCUUUGCACUGGAGGAAUAGAGGGAAAGUGGUGAUUGCAGAGUCAGAUGGAAUUUCUCUGUGGGAUGUGAAUUCUCUUAGUUCUCAUGCUUUGAUGUCUGUAUCCUCAUGUGGCCGUAAGAUUUCGGCUCUCCAUGUAAAUAAUACAGAUGCCGAAUUAAGCGGAGGAGUUCGACAAAGAAUUAAUUCACUUGAUGCAGAAGGAAAUGAUGGUGUGUUUGGCACUCCCGACUCAAUCAACGUGCUGGACUUCAGAAACCCGUCCGGCAUAGGCCUCAAGAUACCCAUCAAGAUUGGAACAAACAUGUAUUCAGCUUUUUCUUGUGGGGACCACAUCUAUACUGGAUGCUCCACUUUGAAGUCGGUGGGCAAAAAUCACUGCUCUUCACAAAUCCAACAGUUCUCCCUGCGGAAGCAGCAGCUUUUUAGCACCUAUGAAUUACCGGAAUCAAACAAUGCACAGUGCCAAUCCGCAAAACUGACGCAAGUUUGGGGAGACUCGAGCUUUGUCAUGGGAAUUUGUGGACUCGGCUUGUUUGUUUUUGACUCCUUGAAGGAUGAUAGAUUAUUGCUACCCUAUGAACCGGACAAUGGUGGUGUUUGUAAUGUGAGGGAAGUUAUUGGGCCAGACGACAUGUAUUGCCCGUCUUUUGAUUAUUCGGCCUCAAGGGUUCUUAUUAUAUCUAGAGACCGUCCUGCUCGGUGGAGAUAUUUGGUGUAA